AUGAAUAAACUACCAGGUGAUUUUAAACUUGAUAUUACUCGUAAAAUGCCGCAGGGAACAUGGAAAAUAGGCAACUUAAUGAACUGCUUUAAAGAGGAACUCAUGGCGCGCGAGCGCUGUUGUGCGAUGGACCCUAACACAGGUUUUGUUUCCACAUCCCCUUCUUCGACUCUUUUUACUCAGCAAUAUAACGCUGAAAGAAACCCUCGGAAACAGCAGCAUGGACGAGUCAACUCUAUCUCCUGUUCUUAUUGUAAGGGUUCCCAUAAUUCUAACAGGUGUACUGUAGUUACAGACGUCACAGCAAGGAAGCAAAUCAUUCGAGCUAAAAACAGAUGUUUUAAUUGUUUAAAGUCUGGACAUCUCGUUAGAAAUUGCAACUCUAAAAACACGUGCUUUAAGUGCAAGGGAAGACAUCAUAUCUCCCUCUGUGACGCUAAGGGUAGAGGAGAGCGAAACAAAAAUAACAACGAUGGACAGGUUCCGCAUUCUCAGGAUGAUGAACAAAAUCAAUCAUCAAAUAUGAACGUCGUUGGUUGCCAUGACAGUACACUGCUGCAAACAGCAAAUGCGCACUUGUUAAAUACUGACGAAAAGUCCGUUGUUUUUUCUGGUUGCGUGCUCUUUGAUAACUGUUCGCAAAAAUCAUUCAUCACAAGUAACGCAAAACAACGAUUAAAAUUAAAAAUCAUCCGCAGCAAGAUUUUAAACGUAAAAGUGUUUGGCGACAACUCUGAAAAACCUCGAAAAUUACACGUCGUAAAGGUUAAAAUUAAAAACGCCCAUCCUAACGAUUAUUCCGUAAUCGAAGCGUAA